CGGGUUGUUUCCCCAGUGUGGAUGCAGCCAGAGAUUGAAACUACUUAUCUUUUGGGCUCCUGAAGGCUAUCCUGGUAAAGAAAGAAGAGUGUGGCUCUAAAGUCCCUAUCUCUAGGUGUAUUAUCCAGGAAGCUGGGCAAAAGGCAGUGCGGACGCAGGCCAGGGAUCGACCUGCUUUAGGCCAGCGGAGGAGGAAGCAAGAGCCGGAGGGCAAAGAUGUUCUGGAUUCAGGGCCGGACACUACAGGUGGCAAGAUGUUCAAGACCACUACAAAGACUGCUAUCUGAAGCAAACGCCAAUUUACCUGUGUUAACGUUGUUCACCAAGAAUCCAUGUCCCUUGUGUGAUGAAGCCAAAGUGGUGCUGGAGCCAUACAAGCACAAGUUUAUUUUACAGGAAGUAGACAUCACCCUUCCAGAUCAUUCAUCCUGGUUUGAAAAAUAUAAGUAUGACAUCCCUGUCUUUCAUUUGAACGGGCAAUUUCUAAUGAAGCAUCGAGUGGAUAUCAAAAAACUGGAGAAUCAGUUGUUAACCCUAGAGUUGCAAGAUGAUGGCAACAAAUGAAGAAAAAUGAAGAUACUUGGUUAUGAAGUAGGAAGGAAUACAUAGAUAAUUUUGAUGCCUUAUUAACAAAUAAAACUAUAUUAACUGCAUGCAUUUCUUGAAAUGAAAAUACAUGUUUAACUCCGUUUUGUAAAAAUGAUCAUGUCCUUCAGAUUGCUGUGCACUUUGCUCCUCCUACAUUUGUAGAAUCAUAGCAUGGAAGGGACCAUAAAAGCUAUCCAGUCCAACCCCUGCAUUGUAGAAACACUCAUCCAAAGCACUCACAAAAGAUGGCUAUCCAACCUCUGUUUAAAAACCUCCAAAGGAGUACAACGCCCUCUUGAGCAAUCUAUUUCAUUGUCAAAUAGCUAUUACAAUAAAUAUGUUCUUCCUAAUAAGUAGGUGAAUUCUCAUUUUUUGUAAUUUUAAUCCAUUGAUCCAUAGACCAGUUUCUGGAACAGCAGAAAACCAACUCAUUCAGUCUUCAAAUAUUGCAAUCUUCAACUCAGAGUAAACCCUGCUGAACUCAGUUGGGUUUAGCACUGAGUAGACAUCUUUAGGCUUUGGAAAGAUAGCCACGUGACUUUUAAUCAGUAAAAAAAAAAGCUGUUUCUCACUGACACAUUUGUCUAAUUGUUAUUAUACCCUUCACGGCAAUAAAGAAACCAGGCACUUCUUUGCUCAUAAGGAUGUUUAAUGUGGAAAAAAGACUUAGGAGACCUUUCACACUAAACCAUUACAGGGCUAUGAUCUCAGCUGAACUGCCAUCCACUACAAACUGUGAAAUUCUGAGAUUUGCAGUUCAGCGAGGCAUAGAUCUCUCUGGCUGAGAAUUCUAAACACUCCUCCCUAAACUGAAAUCCCUGGAUUCCAAGAUUGUUGUCCUGCCAAUGGGGUCUACAAUUCUUUCAAAUAUCUAUCCCCCCCCCCAUAUGCCUUGUUUAAAUGUUACGUGGGAGUGUGACAAGGACCCAGAAAUGGCUAGGGAGGCCAGUGUUUCCCCCACCUAUAUUAAGUGGGGGGGGGGGACACUUGUCUUGUUUAGAAACAUUUGGAUAGCAUCCUGUUUAGUAGUUAUGAGAUUGUAAAUUGGAAAUAGAAUCUCAUGACUGCAGAAGAUUCAUGUUUAUGGCAGUUGAUGGCUGAAUGCAUCCCCUAAACUCUAUCUUCUCAGCCUGGCAGUGCCCCAACCAAAGGGAUUGUAUGACAUCUGCAGCACUGCGAACAGGCAACUGGAGAGACUCUCAGGGUCCUGGUGCAACUGCUUCUCUCAAUGUGUCCUAUGACCAGAAGAUCAAUGCCGAUGUUAUCCAAACCACAGUGCUCCAAUCUAUAGUGCCUCAGAAACCCUUCUGAUUUUUGUGGUGGUGCCAAGUUGAAAAGGUAGGCUUUUUGAAGGACUAACUACAACAGUGACAGAGCUCUGUCACUCUAGUUAUGGCUGCAACUGCACUGCAUAAAUAAUGCAGUUUGACACCACUUUAACUGCCAUGACUCAGUGCUGUGGAAUCAUGGAAUUUGUAGUUUGUUGUGACUCUAGAGCUCGCCAACAGAGAAGGCUAAAUAUCUCACAAAACCACAAACCCCACAAAUCCAUAGCAUUGAAACAUGACGAAGCUGGACCAAACUACAUUAAUUCUAUAGUGCAGAUGUAUCCUAUGUCUGAAAACAUAUUGCAGAAUCUUGACUUGCUUGAGUUUUAUAAAUGUAUUAUAGCCCUUCUAAUAAAUUUUGAGACCUAGGAUUAAAAUCUAUGUGAUUAUAAGUAUUUAUUGAAAAAGUCUAAGUGCUGUGGGGCACAAAUAAUACCAGACACAUUAGAUCAGAGGCAUGUUAGUAAAACUGAAUCUUUUUUUAAAACA